AUGCACGAGCUCAUCCACAGCCUCGGCUUCAAUCACGAGCACGAACGCACGGACAGGGACAGUUACAUCAACAUCCACCUGGAAAACGUCUUAGCAGGUAAUGGUAUCUUAUGAGACAAUGUUGAUGAAGGGAAGAUCUUAAAAUAUUCAUGUUUUCACAAUGAACAGGAACAGCGCUAGUAUCAGUUUUGAAGAUUUAAAAACAAAAUUAAUUAAGGUUGACUUCAACAAGAGAAUAAAUGUCACACAUUUGACGAUGGUGCCGAUGAUGGGUGACCAGAUGGCUUAUCUUUAGAACCCCUCUCUUAGCGCCUAUCCUUUGAUUUAUUUAUACCAGGGUUACCACUCAAUUUUUUGAAAAUUCCCAAGAUUUGUCAAAAUAUUUCCCAAUAUUUCCCAAGAACAUGAAUAUAUAUAGAAGUUUUUUUCUUUUUUAAAUCUUGGGAUUUAAAAAAAAAAAAAAAGCGAGUUUUGGACCUGAAUGGGGUAGUGAAUUCCCAAGAUGUUGGGAAAAUUCCCCAAGGUGUGGCAGCCCUGAUUUAUACCAUUACGUUUUGAUCUGGGUACUUCUUAAAAGCAUGAAACGAGACAAGCAGUGCAGGCGUCACGUUUUUGAAUUUCCCCAAUUCUAUUUAACUCAUCUUAAGCCAAGUUGUUUGUUUUUUUCUCCAGAAAUUAUUUCGAUGGAAAAAAAAAAUCUAACUAAAACCAAGUAUUUUUUACGUAAAUCCCCCCCCCCCCCCCUUUUUCUCUCCCACUGGAACUAACAGAAAAAAAACUAUGUUUAAGGUUUGACAUGAAAGAGCAUGAUAAGAAAAAGAGAACGUUGUGUCUAAAAGCAUUCUUCAUCAAACAAAAACAGGGGGAAAAAAAUAAAUAGAAAUGAGAUCAAAAGUUAAGCGUCUGUACUUCUCCCUUUGUGGGUACGCUACAGCUACCUUUGUGACAAGAAACUACCACCGGUCGCUCGUCAUCAGGUGAUAUUAAACAGGUCCACACCUCAUGCAAACAUCGUGUCUUUCCACAUUUGAAAUAAUUUAAUACACGAAGAGCGCCUUUAACCAGACGGCGUCAGUGAAAGGGUAAAAGAGGGGAAUGUUGGGGGGGGGACUUUUAAGGGGGUUCCGCCAUUUGUUAUGAUAAUAAUACAUAUCUAUAAUAUUAUAAAAUACACAAAUAGCAUAAUUCCAUUGUUACAUGUCAACAUCAAAAAAAGUGAUUACCUUUUUCCCCCAGAGUACCAGUCGCCCCCUCCCCCCCCCCCCCCCCCCCCCCGCCCCCCCCCCCCCCCCCCCCCCCCCUUUAGAGCACCGGUUUGCCUUUGUCGUUUCGAAAAUGAUUACCAUUCUCCCCCCAGAGUACCGGUUUGCCUUUGCCGUUUCGAAUGCAGCCAGAGUAACCAACCAGAACACCGCCUAUGAUUUCAACUCCAUCAUGCACUACGGUCCUUACGCCUUCGCCAUUGAUCACACCAAACCCGUGAUAACCCCG